CAUCAAAGGAACAACUGGGGACUAAUACCAAAAUGAUCGCUAACGUUCUUUCUUUCUUGGCUGUUGCAACCACCGUUGCUUUUGCCUCUCCAUGCGGAGGACUUCUUAACGUUGGACUUGCCGGAGGAUGCGUUGGUGGUUUGGUCUCUGCUGCUCCAGUCGUUUCCACUCCAGUCGUCUCUACCGGUUGCGCUACUCCAGUCGUCUCUACCGGUUGCGCUACUCCAGUCGUUUCUACCGGAUGCGCUACUCCAGUCGUUUCUACCGGAUGCGCUACUCCAGUCGUCUCCACCGGAUGCGCUACUCCAGUCGUCUCCACCCCAUGCGGUACUUCAGUCGUCGGUAAUGCCCUCAAUUUUGUUGGCCCACAACCAGUCGUCACUGGUGCCGGUCUUUUGGGAGCUGGAUGUGGAUGUGCUGGUGGAUUAGUCUCUGCUGCUCCAGUCGUCGCUGGUGCCGGUCUCUUGGGAGCCGGAUGUGGAUGUGCUGGUGGAUUGGUCUCUGCUGCUCCAGUCGUCGCUGGUACCGGUCUCUUGGGAGCCGGAUGUGCCGGAUCUUUGGUCGCUACCCCAACCCAAGUUUCCGUUGAAGCUCCAGUCCUUGCCGCCGGAUGCGGAUGUGCUGGUGGUUUGGUUUCUGCCGCCCCAGUCGUCACUACCGGAUGCGCUACCCCAGUCGUCUCUACCGGAUGCGCUACUCCAGUUGUUUCCACCCCAGUCGUUUCUCCAGUCACCCGUGUUGUUGGAGGAUGCGGCUGUGUUUUCUAAAAUGUAUGAGUGAUUCCAUGUGAAUUUUUAACUGUUUUCAAAAUUAUUAUUACUUUUUUUUUGCGGCCCAUUGAAUAAAUCGAAUUUUUAGCAUUUU